AUGAUGAACGCCGGGCUAGUGCUCGUGACAACAGUAUUGUGCGCGCUCCUUGUUCGACUCUUUUCGAUUGGACUGCCCGCCUACACGACCGCUGGUCAUAUACAGCAUCUUAAAUGGCCGAACGAGUGCGGCCCCAACUUCUCCCUCAAACUAGGUUCCCAAACGGUCAUCGUCCUCGCGAGCGGCUCGAUGAUCAAACGCCUCAUCGACAAACGCAGCGGCAACUACGCAGAUCGCCCUUCGCUCUUCAUGCAGGGCGUCUUCGAGCAAGCCCGGAUCAUCCUCCGCGGCUACGACGACCUCUGGAAAGUCGAGCGCAAACUAUACCACGGGUUGAUGAACGGCACCAAAGCCACCCGCUACGCACCGUACCAGGAUCUAGAGCCGAAACAGCUGUGCUUCGAUCUGCUUGACCGCCCGGAGGCCUUCGAGGCCCCGAUCACCCGUAUGACACUCAGCGCGGCCACGAGCAUGACUUGCGGGUUCCGCGUGACUGACCCGCAGAACCCCGUGAUGUAG